CGCUGAGGUUGUCAGUUCAAAUCCUGCUCAUUUUUCCAAGUUGUUGGUAAAAUUUUCUCAGAUUUUGUUUAAUUGGAGUUUGAUGACAAAAGUAAAAUCCCUGCUAGUGACUCGCGUCGGGUGACUCGUGCGAAAGGGGGAUUAAGUGAAGGGGAGAGGAGCUGAUCGCCACCAGUUGAACGGGCCUGAUCGGUACCGAGUCUCGCCUCUGACGGACCAAUCACAGCGCUCCCCCGCUGGCGGACCUCCAUGAGGCCAGGCGCAGUUCGGUAUACAGGAACCCAAACCGGAGGAGAACCAGCUCCACUUGGCUCCAGCUUUCACAAAGUUCCAUUUAGCGCCACGUUUUGGGACGUUGCGCAAAUUAUUUGCGUCUUCUCUCCGAUUCUAACAGACAUUUCCGUUGCAGAGUGCUUUUUUCUUAUUUUUAUUUUCUGGGGGGACGAAUUCACGUUUUAGAAACAAAACGCCUCUGACUUAUUUCAUUAUACUUUUAUUUACUCCUGUGGUGGAUUACCAACAUUUUGAUGCACACGCAACAAAAGUGAUCGGCAGCCCUUAAAAACACACAGGUGUCAGAUCUCGCAGCAGCUCAGUCUGUCCUCAUCAUCAUCGUCUCCUGCUACAAUAACAGGCUGCCGUCUGAGAGACGCGGAGACGGUGCGCAGGCUCUCCAGCAUCAGACCCCAGCGCGACGCACAGAUCUCACAAACCUGGACCUCAAGAAGAGAACCCCCCCUCCACCAUCCUCUAAAUCUCUGCUGGAUCCUCCUAAAAAAACAAAAAACUCCUGCAUUUGUUCUCAUUUUCCCUCCUCUCGUCAGAAGGUUGGAGGAGCACACAACUUCAACAAGCGGAGCCCUCGCUGAUUCCGUUUCUGCCCCCAUCCGUGCCUACGUUCUCUGCCACAGAUAGGGACGUUUUGAUAAUUACAUAUAAUUAUAAUUUCUGUGGGAGACAGAUCUGCCUCUGUCUAUUAUUGCUAGCACCUCCAGCACAAUAACUUCACACAUUUACAUAUUUCUCAACAAAAGUGAUAUUCUUUGAACCCCUCGGAGAUGAAGCAGGAAUAAUUUUACUUCUAAGAGGGACGUGUCGCAUGCAGAAGCAAUGUGCCACUCAGCAAACAUCUAAUUAGGAGCACGGCUGAGUGACACGGGCGACGUUUUGUGCCCCGAAGUCGACUAAAAUCAUGGCUUUCGCCUCUUUUCGUGGCGUGUUUUACAGGCUGGGAGUCAUCUUUUUUGGAUGAAGCGAACUGCUGAAAUUUUCCCUGUCGUUCCAGCCUUCUAGCACAUAAGCAGAGCCUUUCUCAUUAUCACCCACAGUCCGGUCACAGUAACGGCCCGUGCCAGGCGAGCACAAGCCGAUUCGGACAAACGGUGCGUCAGUGGAGAAGAUGUCCUCCUCAGUAGGAUAAGAUCACGUUAAUACACAAAACCGAUCCAUUUCAACAGAAAAGCACAAGAACGCCCUUCUUUUUUUUUUUUUAAAUACAUGGACUUGAGUCAUUUAUUUCCUUUGAUGAUAACUACCUACAGGUUAAAUGAGUGCCCAUUCUGAAUGUACACACUGUCAGACUGAGGUAGACAAUCGGGAUUCAAGAAAACCGUACCACGCUCGGUAAAGCCACGUACAGGAAAGUCACGUUUUCCUAAAUGAACACCUUUGCUACCACCUUUUACUGGAUUUUAUGAUUAAAGACAAAUAAUUAUUCAUCACUUGUACGUUUCUUGACGGCUCAUUUCUUCAGAGGGACGUGCAGGGUGAGCCAGUAGAGACAAAACUGUCUUCUACGAUUCUAGAAACUAAUCAUUGACCCAGACGCAAAGAUUUUACCGGUUUGGCCUUUUCUACUUUUAUCACUCAUGAUUUAUUUUUAUAACUCCUAAUUACACCAUAUAGAUCGAACAGAUCGUGACAAAAAACAAGAUGGACUUUAACUGUUGCUGUCCAGUUUGUUGACUGAGACUCCACGAACGCCGUCCUGUGGGCUCUGGGAGCUACACGAACAUUUCACAUGACAUUUUUGUGGGUUAAACUGCAAAAGCAGACGUGUCCCGACGACAUUGAGUCAACAUCAGAAAAUAGAUGUCUUAGUCAUGUAAAAAUGACGCCCACCACCAAUCUCCGAGUCCUCGCCGUCUCCCUGCUCUCCCUGUUCGCCGCCCCACUCACCGCCGCUGUGGAGACCCCUUCGUUCCACCCCGGCCAGCACCUAGACCGCUCAGGGAGACCGUUCACCGAGCAGCCUGACUCCAGCACCUCCCUCCUGCUGCUCGCCAUCCAGGCCAAUGUCAGGCCGGCCGCCCUCCGAGGCAGAUCCAAAACCCCCGAGAAGCUUCCUGAACAUUCAGAGGGAGUCCUGGAGGAUCCCCCGAGACCCCUGUACCAGGUGAAUGUAUCCUCACCGGAAACCGCCACACCCCGUUUCAGCGCGGCCCAGGUUGUUCCUCCUAUGGAAGGAUUUCCGGAUGUUUGCUGGGGUUAUUACGACGUGAUGGGACACUUUGAUAAUCCGUUCAACUGCUCCAAGGACAGCUUCAUCUACUGCUGUGGGACGUGCCACUACCGCUUCUGCUGUCCGGACCGAACCCGCAAGCUGGAGCAGGAAAACUGCAAAAACUAUCACUCUCCAGACUGGGCCAAGACCGAGGCAAACGCCAACAUCAUAACAGAGGAGCUGAGUCCUGACCCAGGCUUCGAUCCCCUGAAGAUGCAGAGCCACAACACAGGCUUCAUCAUUGGAGGGGUCGUUGUGUUCAUGGUGGCUGUGGUAGUGGGCAUCAAGGUGAUGUUCGACAAGGUGCAGCAGGAAGCCAACCAGAGGGACCUGAACAUGCCCAGAGCUCUGGUUGACAUGUUACGGCACCAGUCCAGCCCAGUCCAGCAGGACGAAAGAAACAACAGCGUGGCCCUGACGGUAGGGGACGGACAGGGGACAAUAGGAAGAGCUCCCAAAAAUCUUUAUGCCCCUGGAGUGCCCAGCAAGGACAACAGAUUGGGCAAUCUGCAGCACAACUUCAUCCACUCGUCAGGCUCCAGCCCCAAACACACUGCAACUAUCGAGCGCACCCCUCGGAUGAACAAUGCUCAGCUGGCAGCUGGAGGCACCCUGCUCUCCAGCAAACACAACAACACCAAAUCCCAGCCUUCUUUCCACCACUCUCUGCACAACCUGGCCCAGCUGCCGCCCUCCUAUGAGAGCGCCACCAAGCCGGAGCUCAACAGAUACUCGUCGCUCAAACGCCUCGAGAAAGGUCUCGAUGAGUACUCGUCUGGUUACUGCACCACCAAGCGUCGACCACACACAGCCCAGCCAGCUCUGCAGUCCUCCCAGCACCACCUCCACUGGGGUGGAGACUACACCCUCAGCGGGAGAGGAACCCUCCCCAGGCACGCAGCUCGCCCCUGGAUCCCACCACCGCCCGCUGGCAUGCCUGUCUCCCCCAUGCCUGCCUCACCCACUCCCAAUCCUUAUCCGCUAGACCCUCCAGAGCCACAGUACAAUCCCAACUACGAUACUCUCUCGAAGCCAAGAAAAGUAAAGUCCUCUGACCAGUUGCUCAACAUGGGCGACGUUCCAGGCAACACUGGGACCCUGUCCCGAAUGUCAAAGAACCAGCAACACCAGUACUACAAAGCCAUGGCUGCCUCUAACAAAAAUUCCAACACACAAACCCUAACCAGGAAGACGCAGGACAGGCAGGAGAGACAGGAGAGGCAGGAGAGGCUGCUCAUGUCCCCGGACCACUUGGAGGAGAGGAUGGGGGUCGGUGGAAUGGGUGUCGUAGACCCCUAUGCCGCUCACACGGGAGGCAUCGUCCCAACGCUGCCUCGCCAGCAGAAGGCCCAGUCGCAGCAGAACGUAUGCGCCACGCCCUCCCUCGACCGGCACCACAUGAUCAAGAUGAACUCUCACCCCACGUCCGGACGAGAGCAGGAGAGGAGCACGCCCACAACGGGGCAAAUGAGCGGAGGAGGCAUGGGUUGGACGGGCGUCGGGGAGAUGCCCGGAGCAGGGGUCGUCGUGGGAACGGGAACGCUUGGAGGCCACAGUGCAAGGAGGAUGGCUUUUGCAGCCAAAAGGCAGAACACCAUUGAGCAGCUACAUUUCAUACCGGGUGGGGGUGGCGGCGGGUCAGCAGGAAGUGCAGGGGGCAGUCAGGGAAUCAGGACAGGGAGUAAAAAUGAGGUGACGGUGUAGUUUAGUCCUUAGAUGUAUGGGGAGUAGAUCACCCUUCUGCAUUUAACUAUUAGAUACAACAGCAAGAAUUAACUCUAGAAUAAUACAGUAGUAACAGUUUCAUGUGUUUAGUUGAUUCUAAUUAGCUUUCUCUAGUAACAAAAUUAGCUGGAAUACUUAUAAAAUUAAAGAUCUUGGUGGGGAAACCUGCUCCCUGUUUGUGAUAGCCUACAUCAGCCAUAUUUUGUAUCAGAGUUUGCCAUAUUGCCAUAAACAGCAGUGCCAUUAUUCAAAGAAAGACUGACUGGAUGAGUAAAAAAACAAAGGAGGGGUUGUUCAUGGUUGAACUUUUAUACAUGUUUUUCAAAAAGUACUCAGGAGCCAUAUUACAUAGGGAACCAGACAUUCUAACAAAGGUUUUGAUGAUGCAGAAGACGGUGAGGAAUACUUCAUUGGAGGAUUUCAGACAGCAGAGAAAACCACCUGGUCUUUCAAUGAUUUACUGAAGCUCGGAAGUCCAGAAGGGUCUCACAGACCAUUGUGCCUGGUGAAAAGUUAUUUUUUUUUGUGGAGAUUUUACUUUCUCCUGAACAAACCUCAUCCCGACACAGGGAGACUGAACUUGUUUUUUUCUUAUGUAAUCGAGUGGAGAAGGUGGAGGCUGUUUUCAGCAGUUUACCGUCAGAUUAUCCUACCUACAUUAACAAUCCAAAUGCCUGGGUUGCCUAGAUUUCCAUGUGACCUUAGAUUAAAUCACCAGAAGAGACUCACACUCUGACCACUGUUACUCUACAGGAUGCUGAAAUGUGAAACCGAUAUUAGGCCAUGUUAGGGAUUGACGAUGUUCCCAAAUCAGGUCCUACCUGUAAAAACAGUGGCUUACCAAAUAACGAAGAGCCAUCAAGUGGUGAUGUUACUCAAAAAAAAAAGCAGACACAAACGUAUGGAAUCCAGAGACUAAAGAGAAGCAUUUCUUCACGUUUACCUAUAAAGACGCAACUUGCCAUGAUGUAGGUUGUUUACGAAGAGCACAAAGAGGUUGCACUUACUCAACUGUCCUUCAAAGCCAUUCAUGGAGAUUCAAAGGAACCAUCAUCGCCCUGGAAGCUGGUCUGACAAUCACCACCUAGUUAUUCUCACCAGGUGACACAUUCUACCAAGUCAGCGAUGUUUUGUACAGCUGAAGGAUUGGCUUUGGAGAAAGCCAAAGAGGGACGGCGACCCGAGGUGUCGCGAGAGACUCGGAGGGUUUGGAUGCCCUUCCCAUCUUCAAGACAAAGACCUUGCUGUAUCAUAAUGCACUUCAACCAGUAUGAGUAAAACGAGAAAAUAUAUUAAAAAGAAAAAUAAUCUUCAUCAAUAACAACGCUUAUCAAUACUAAGGGCUAUCCAAUCCUAUAUACUGUAGUAUGUGAUAUCUGUGGUCCAUAUGAAAUGCUAUCUCUUUCUAUUGAUUUUGUGUUGAUAUUGUUAUGACGUAUUAAGUAUUAAUGUGUACAAAAAACGAGAUAAAACAAGAGCAAUUUAAGCACAGUUCAAAGACAAACACAGAGACACAACUUUGCACACAUCAGUCCCCUGAUAUUUCCACCGGACACGAACGUUCUCCGUGUUCCUAAGGUUUACAUCCACGGCUGAAGGUUCGACUUAUCGAUCAAUGGAAGGUAUUGCUUUGAGAGAGGAUUACUAUAUUUUUUUUUCUAUCAACUGAAAUCUGAGGCAUUUAACAGUUUGGCUUUCGCUCAGCCACACGAAAAGGAUAAAGAGAUGAGAAGCCGAAGAGCAGAAACACUGAUUACAUUUGGACAAUCUUCCUAUACACAGUGCUAAAUGUAGUUGUUAUAAAUUUGAUGGAGUGUUAUGAAUAAUGAUUAUUAUAACUGUUAUGGUUAUUAUUAAUAAUUAUCUUACGAUGUGAUGUUCUUUUACUUGGUGGGAUUUAAGUGUUUAUUGUUUUUUAGAUAACGUGCAUUUUCAUGACUAGUUGGUUUUUCAUACAUCUGGUCAUUAAAAGUUCUAAAAAAUAUAUUCCAAAUCUUGAUGCAUGCCAACUCCAUUUCUCCAUUGAGAGGCAUUGACAGCAUGCCUGGAUUUAUGAGGUCGUCAAAGCUUAAAUAGCCAAUUUUUCCAGCUGUAUGUACUGUGCCUAGACAUCAGCCUUAUGACUCGUAUGAUCUCUCGUGAUUAGGUUUCCACUCUGGUACAAAAACGUGUGUCGAACGACUCUGCAGCCUUCGAAAUGUAGACAGACAAGGAAAAAGAUGAGCCAGCAGCCUGAUCCACUAACUUAUCACAGGCUGCACGCACAAACCUACGAUGCCAUAAUGUAUGUAUGUUCAGAUGAAUGUUUACUUCACAGAUGGGGGAUAAACAGAGGUCCAACGGCAACCUGAAAACGUUGAGUGCAGUGUCUUUUUCAGGGAAAUAGGACAGACGACGUACAGUUGUAUUCGAUUUUUUUAAUAGAGCCACAAAAAGGUCUGUAGCAAAGUCUGUAAUAACUCACAAGCCAUAUCCAUCGAAAGUCAUCAUCACAACUUUUAUAAAUGGUUAAUCUAAUUUGUGAAAGUAUUGUAUUUUGUAUAGCUAGUACAAUCAGAAUAUUUUGAGUGAUCUCUUCGACAUUAAUUUGAGGAUACGAAAAUAUAAAAUCAGUGUCAGUAUUUAAUGAAUUGUACAGUGCCAAAAUCCUAACAUUUUGUUGUCUUUUUAUUCUCAUAGCAUCCUUGGUGGCUUUAGUUUUUUUUUUUCCUUUUUUUUUUUUCAAAAUGGAGAACACAUACACACCCAGGGAUGCCACAAAGCUAUUUGUUUUUUCUUUUCAGUGGUUGAAAUGAAUGAAUAUGGUGUGAGUUUUUACCAUUAUGAAUUCAUUUAGAGGGAGUGGAUGCUUAGUGGCCACCUGGAAUGGACAGGGACAGUGUCCAGUAGUGAAACUAUGGAUUUAUUUUCAUGCCAAUAAAUUUCAAUACAACCCUUU